GACGGUGUGGAUUUUGAAGUACAAACCGAUCAUAAACCAUUGAAAUGGCUGAACAAAAAAGCACAAGGCAAUGAUAAAUGUGAACGAUGGCGACUGAAAUUUCAACAAUAUCGUAUGACAAUUACACAUAUUAUAGGGCAUGACAACACCAUGUCAGACUAUUUAUGUCGAUCGCCCGUGGAUGAUCCUACAGAAGAUUUAGAUGAUUAUGUACAACAAAUAUCACGCGAAACACAAACUGAUAAUAAUGAUCAAGUACCAGUAACAAAGCAAUCAGUUAUUGCAGCAGUUACCACUCGAUUACAAGGAAAACAAGGAAAAAGAGAUAAUGAUGAUCAGGGGGAUGUCUACACGUCGGACAACCCUGUUAUGUGUCCAAACAAAGAGACCGUUCAAUCAAAGGACAAACCUCGUACGGACGCAAAUACACAGGUUUUACCUGAAAUUAAUCAUUACCGUAUUAUUCCUUUUACGCACGAUGAUAUUAGGCAACAACAACUGUCUGAUCCGACUUUACAACAAAUCCUGAAUAAUCUGGAAAAGGAAAAACAUAAGAAUUACAUCAUCGAAGAUAGCAUGCUAAUGCGAAGACAACAAUUAAAAUUGCUACCAGUCGUUCCCAAAGGUAAAAUACGAAAAAGUAUCAUGCAAAUAUAUUACGAUACUCCUGUAAAUGGUUCACAUUUCGGUCGCGAUCAUAAUCACAGCAGGAGAAAACCGGAUGGUCAUUUGAAACCAAUUCCACCACCAGAAAUAGUAUUUGAAUUAUUAAGUCCAACAGCAGCAAAAUUUCUUCGUGAUGAAAUAAUAUUAAAAUAUGGUACGUUAAAAGCCAUUUUAUCUGAUAACGGGACUCAUUUUACUGCAUCCAUGAUGAAUGAAUUAUUCACACAGUGCGGUAUUAUUCAUCAGUACUCCACACCUUAUCAUCCACAGACAAAUGCAUGCACUGAACGUUUCAAUGCAACCAUGGAUGCCAAAAUCGCCUCAUUAUGUAAUGAGAAACGUACAGACUGGGAUAAACAGCUUCCAUUUCAAGAUCCGGAUCAUCUUGACAAAUUGAACAAUUAUAUAUCCGGUAUGGUGGAAGAAGCAAAAAAGAAUAUUGUUGAACAGCAACAAAAUUCUCAAAAUCGGUACAAUCAGAAUCGUUCAAAUCCGCAAUAUAAAAUCGGCGACUUAGUCCUUAUUAAAACAACAUAUGUCCGACACAAGUUUGAUAUACGCAACGAAGGUCCGUUUAGAAUCACACAAAAAUUAGCACAAAAAACUUAUGUCGUACAACAUGUCAAACGACUGGACAUAAAACGACAAGUCACAACGGAUGUUAUUAUAUCACAAUUUGAGCGCCCGAAAUUUGAUGUUGAAGACUAA